AUGCGAGAUACGGCCGCUGAGCUGCUUAGCAUCGAGCUGACCUCCGGCAGCAGAGGUGUGCCUCUCGUCGCGCGAUCCCGCACCACGCAUCGGCGGACUCAUCCGGCGGUCGCUGUGCUGAGGCUGCCACUCGACGCGGCGGUCGCGCCGGUCAUGGUCGCGCCUGGGAUCGUGGGACCGAUCAUCGCGCCGAUCGUACAAGUCGCGCUAGCGCUCGCAUAUGCUUGGUCGGUCGUUGCAGUCGCGCCGCUCAACGUGCCGCCCGUCAUGAUGCGGCCGUCGUUCGCCUCGCAAUGGCUCGUCGCGCCAGCGCUCAGCUGCGUGUGGCUCAGCGUGCCAUCGCUGCUCGCGGCCACUGCACCAAGAGUCGUUGUAGCCGCGCCGCUCGUCAUGCCGCCCGUCAGUGUGCGGCUCUCCUUGCCAACGCUCGUUGCGCCGUCGCAUCUCAUCCCGCCGCGGCUCAUCGCGCGAUCGCGACCGCCGUCGCGGCUCGCCCCGCCAUCGCCGCUCUUCGCGUCCGUACUCGGCGCGCUGUUGCUCAUCACGCCAGCGACGCUCCUCGCCCCAAUAGGCGUCGCCUACAGCAAUGAAGCGUAG